ACAGGAAGUGACGUUCCAGCAGAAAAUGGCGUUCAUAAAGCCUAUGGAUUGCUCUGGUUUGUUAGCCAUCUGAUGUUGGAGCGACCCGGGACUCUGUCUGGCGGCUGACCGACGCCAUGGCAGCGGAUCACCGCUGCCCGCUUCGCUCGUUACGGAACUAAACCCGCAACUUCAUGUCCGACGGAACGCGAGCGUCCUGGUCCAAGAGGGCUUUUUGUGGGCAUUCUCAGCGCCGAGUGGCGCGUGAGAAGCAGGGAAACGCACACGGAGAAAAUGCCAGCGGUCCCUUAGAGCUCAGACAUCGGAAGCCGUGAGUUCACGCCGGGGCUCCAAAAGAACAAACGCGCACUGUUGACAUGUGAUGAAUGUGCAUGUUUGCACGCCCAGGUGAUCACCGCUGGCAAAGGGACAUUGCAAGCAUCAGCUGGAAACCCGGGGCACUGUCCUCUGAUUGGCUGGGACAACCCCCUUCUGACAUGCCCGUGGCCAAUCCCAGGUGUGAUAUGUCGGGGGCGGAUGUGGAGGUCUAUCUAUCCCAGGUGCAUGAUGGGAGCGUGUCGUCGGGCUUCCGGGCUCUCUACGAGGAGCGUCUGCUGCUGGACGUCACGCUCACCAUCGACGAGCAUCACUUCCAGGCCCACAAGGCGCUUCUGGCCACCCAGAGCGACUACUUCCGGGUCAUGUUCACGGCCGACAUGAGGGAGCGGGACCAGGACAAGAUCCACAUGAAGGGGCUGACGGCGGCAGGUUUCGGGCACAUCCUGCGCUUCAUGUACUACGGCUCGCUGGAGCUCAGCAUGCCCACGGUGCAGGAGAUCUUACAGGCGGCCAUGUACGUGCAGCUGACGGAGGCGGUGGAGUUCUGCUGCUCCUUCCUGCUGGCCAAGAUCUGCCUGGAGAACUGCGCCGAGGUCAUGCGCCUCCUGGAGGACUUCAGCGUGGGGGUGGAGGGCGUCCAGGAGCAGCUGGACAACUUCCUGCUCGACAAUUUUGUUCCUCUCAUGAGCCGACCCGACUUCCUGUCCUACCUCAGCCUGGAGAGACUGCAGGCCUAUCUGAACAGCGACGCCCUGAGCCGCUACCCGGAGAUCGAGCUGUACGAGGCGGUCCAGUCGUGGCUGAGACACGACCGGCGGCGCUGGAGACACACGGACACCAUCGUGCAGUCCGUCCGCUUCUGCCUCAUGACCCCGGCCAACAUCUUUGAGAAGGUGAAGACCUCCGAGUUCUACCGGUACUCCCGGCAGCUGCGGCAGGAGGUGGAGCAGGCCCUCAGCUACUUCCACGACGUCAACCAGCAGCCCCUGGCGGAGACGCGCUCCAACCGCAUCCGCUCGCUGCGCCCGCAGACGGCCGUCUUCCGGGGAAUGAUCGGCCACAGCAUGGUGAACAGUAAGAUCCUGCUGCUGCAGCGCCCCAAGGUGUGGUGGGAGCUGGAGGGCCCUCAGGUGCCGCUGCGGCCCGACUGCCUGGCCAUCGUCAACAACUUCGCCUUCCUGCUGGGAGGGGAGGAGCUCGGGCCCGACGGCGAGUUCCACGCCUCGUCCAAAGUCUACCGCUACGACCCCCGCCAGAACUCCUGGCUGCGCAUGGCGGACAUGUCUGUGCCCAGGUCGGAGUUUGCCGUCGGCGUCAUCGGAAAGUUUGUCUACGCGGUGGCGGGCCGCACGCGGGAUGAGACCUUCUACUCCACGGAACGCUACGACAUCACCGAGGACCGCUGGGAGUUCGUGGACCCGUAUCCUGUCAACAAGUAUGGGCACGAGGGCACGGUGCUCGGCGGGAAGCUCUACAUCACGGGCGGAAUCACGUCCUCGUCCACCUCCAAGCAGGUGUGCGUCUUCGACCCGGGGCGGGAGGCAGGCGGAGGCGGUGGCGGUGGCGGCGGGAGCUCGGACUCGCAGAGAACGCGCGGCGGCCGCGGGCAGCCGCUGCCCGGCUCCCACGCCAGCUGCUGGGAGAACAAAUCCAAAAUGAACUACGCCCGCUGCUUCCACAAGAUGAUCUCUCACAACGGGAAGCUGUACGUGUUCGGCGGCGUGUGCGUGAUCCUGCGAGCGUCCUUCGAGUCGCAGGGCUGCCCGUCCACCGAGGUCUACGACCCCGACACGGACGAGUGGACCAUCCUGGCCUCCAUGCCCAUCGGGCGCAGCGGGCACGGCGUGGCCGUGCUGGAGCGUCAGAUCAUGGUGCUGGGCGGCCUGUGUUACAACGGCCACUACAGCGACUCCAUCCUCACCUUCGACCCCGACGAGAACAAGUGGAAGGAGGACGAGUAUCCCAGGAUGCCUUGCAAACUGGACGGUCUGCAGGUGUGCAGCCUGCACUUCCCAGAGUACGUGCUGGAGCACGUCAGACGCUGCAGCUGAGGUCCGCUCGCCAGGGGACCGCCCUCCUUUUUAGUUUUUAAACGCGUCCUCCUGACGAGAGGAGCCCUUCGCUCCCGUGACGGAAGUGCAGCCUCCACGCCGCCGCUCCCGGCCCUCGGUGCGCGCUGCCGAGUCGUCAGGGUCCCGAAAACUUUUAGCUUUUUUUUUCUUUCCAAAAAGUCCAAAAAGUUCUACUGUUCCUGGUUUGGACUGGGCUCCCUUUUCUCUUCUCUGCUGUGGAAGCUCACCUUGGACCCAACAAUCCCAAGGCCUUUACAGUAUGUCCCCAACACGCGUGUAGAAGCCAUCAGCAGAACAACCUGACUCGUUUAGCCGAGUUUGGGCGAGUGCAGCUACUUUUGAUACUCUCCUCACGUGCACUAUUCCUACAACCCGGCCAAACACUACGCUAGUUGGAAUAUUUGCAGAUGUUUGGGCUUCCGACGCGUCCCGCUCGGACUAUUCGAACGUUUUUUUUUUCUUCCACUAUGUCGACAUUCCUCGCCUCCUCCGUGUUUGUUUUCUGAUCUUCACGGGCAGUCGGUGUUUGCCCGCCAGCAGUCGCCCCCACGUCGUGUCUCAGCGCCGCCCGACUGGGUUUGUUUCUUUGUGCAAAGGGCUCAGCACACGUUGCCGUCUUUUUUAUGUUAUUUAUUUAGCAAGCUAUGCAGUAAGUGCGGCGGUUUAUUUAUUACUUGGACCGGGGGUUCGGCGGCUAAUGACAGGACGACACGUACUUUUCUUUUGUUCGGACCGUGCUGGACUGAAUAGUAGAUUGCCAAGAUGCCUCCUUCUCUUUGGGGUUUUUUUCACAUUUGGGCCCAUCCUCAGAUUUAGGAAGAAAGAUAAUACUGUAUAGACAAAAAAAAUCACUUUCAUUUAGCAGCUUUCAAGUGGUUUUGUAACCAUGGUGACGUCUCCGCACCAUGGAUCAGCUGUACAGGCUUCCUUUUCACAUGAUACCAACAAAGUCCACACCAUUUCAUCUUAUUUAUUUCAUGUAAGCUGCUGGUUCUCUGAUCAGGUUCUACAACAUUUCACAUUAGUGUGUGUCCAAAGCGUUGUCACUACUGUUAUUUUCAUAACUAUGCACUUUUUUUUUAAAACGAGUCAUUUUAUUUUUUUUGUCUAACACAUGCUAACUUGCAGUUUGAAAUGGCCACUGAAGUGUCAAAAUGCCUGUUUGAGGAAAGUAUGAUGUGUGUGUGCGUGAGGAUGUGUGUGUGUCAGUCACCCUUUCGUUUCACUGUCAAAGAAAUGUGAUCAAGUGUGACAUUGCCGAGUCGCAGCAUCCUUUAGUCUGUCAGUAUAGGCAAAAAAGAAAAAGUAGGUAAUUACAAAAAAUAACUUCUAUACACACACAGUAUAUCCAUAUAUUUACAGUACCUUGCUACUAUGACUGCAACCAAAAACAGAAGGUAGAAUAAGAUGAACUUGUAAUCUGGGUAAAUCCUCUUUGGAAACUGUUUGUAACUUCUUUCCAGAAAUAAAUGUUUA